AUGGUUUUCAGUUCUAGUUCAUGCCAGUUGGCUGUCUUUGAAUUAGUCGGACUUCAUGCACAUUGUUCCCAACAAGUUUCGGAUAUUCCCCACUUUUAUGACGUUUUCCUCCUUUUAUGCAAUCCGUACCCCACAAACCCCCCAGUCAUGCUUCAUUCUGACAGUAAACAUAUGAUCAUGCCAGACAGCCCGGGCUCCCGCCGCAGCGAUAAAAUGAUUUGUCAUGUAGAAUAUGUGAACUGUCGAAAUUCCACCCCCAAGGACAAGUGGCAAGUGGACGUUUUGCGGAGGCACCGACAAAAGUCGCACAAUGGAGUGCUUGGACUUAAAAUGUUGCACCCUCCAAGUACCAUGUACGCCAUAAUCCAUCCCUCCUGGGUCUGGUCAUCACCAAAGAAAGACACUUCGAUGAUCAGUCGAUAA